CCGCUGCGGAAAACUUACCUCUUUUUCCUCUUUCUGCUCAAAUUGAAGACACACGAGUGAUGCUCAGUGUGCGGCUCGAAUCCGGAGCCGCGUGAACUGCGAUUUUUUUUUUUCUUCUCUUCUGAGAGCAGUUUCAUUUGCUCUUUAUCUGUUUGUUGCUGAGGAUUAUCCCCCAGUAAUGAUGGGUUCUGUGAUGGUGGACUGGAGGUUAUCAUGUCUCCUCCUGCAGACAGCUGCUCUGCUGCUGCUCAGCAAGGGGGAGAGAAUGUGCCCCACGAGUUGUCGCUGUGAAGGAAAGAUUGCUUAUUGCGAGUCCGGCAUCUUCCAAGACAUCCCCGAGAACCUCACCACAGGAUGCCAGGGUCUGUCUCUGCGGUACAACAACCUGCUGGUCCUUUUGCCAUACCAGUUCGCUCACCUCAAUCAGCUCAUUUGGCUUUACCUGGACCACAACGCCAUCAACGCAGUGGACGCUUUAGCCUUCCAUGGUGUACGGAGGCUCAAGGAACUCAUCCUCAGCUCCAACAAAAUAAGCUACCUGCACAACAACACGUUCAGCGCCGUACCAAACCUGCGAAAUUUGGACUUGUCCUACAAUCAACUGCAGUUACUGCAACCGGGACAUUUUUACGGUCUGCGCAAGCUGCAAAAUCUCCACCUCCGAUCAAAUGGACUGAAACAAAUCUUCACUCAAACGUUCCUGGAAUGCCGCAGCCUGGAGUUUCUGGACUUGGGUUACAAUCGCUUGCGCAGCCUCAUGCGUACGACGUUCUUGGGCCUGUUCAAGUUGAAGGAACUUCAUUUGGAGCACAACCAAUUUUCCAGGGUGAAUUUCUUUAUUUUCCCGCGCCUUACCAACCUCCAAGCGCUUUAUUUGCAGUGGAACCGCAUACGGUCCAUCAACCUCGGCGUCCCGUGGACCUGGCACAAACUACAGAAAUUGGACCUGUCGGGGAACGAGAUCCAAACGCUGGACCCAUCUGUUUUUCGGUGCAUGCCAAACUUACAAAUACUCAAUCUUGAGUCAAACAAGCUGAGCACUGUGCCGGAGGAGGUGGUGGCGGCGUGGAGCACGCUGACCACCGUCAGCUUGGCUGGUAACGCCUGGGACUGCAGCCGAAGUAUCUGCCCCCUCAUGGCGUGGCUCAAAACCUUCAGAGACGCCAAAGACAUUAGCAUGAUAUGCAGCGGUCCCAAGUCGGUGCAGGGAGAACGAGUCAUGGACGUGGUGAAAAACUACUCCACCUGUCUGGAGAUUCCGGGCGUGUUUACAACCACGGCUCUGAUCAGUUUGACCUCAGCCCUAGUUCUGAACAUCACAGCUUUCCACGUUCCCUCCAGCGUUACAGACCUGACACGUACAGAGUCCCCCGCACAGAUAUUAAUCCCCUCACCCGUACGCCCUAGUGGGACAGCGAGGAAGACGACAGAGUCCACAACCGUGACCUCUAUAUCUCCCAUUCCCUCUGAGUCUCCCACAUCCUUUACCCCGGAGCUACAGUUUGAACAUAUGGCUUUCCAUAAAAUCAUUGCAGGCAGUGUAGCCCUGUUCCUGUCAGUGGCAUUGAUCCUUCUGGUUAUUUACGUCUCGUGGAGGCGCUACCCCAACACCAUGAGGCAGCUGCAGCAGCACUCGGUCAACCACAAGCGCAGGAAAAAGGUUCGAAAGCAGGAGCAGGAUCUCAACUCUCAGUUGCAGGAGUACUAUCUCAGCUACCAUUCAAACGCGGAGACUAUGGACUCGCUGGUGAGCGAGGCGAGGCCUUGCACAUGCACCGUGUCAGGAUCCAUAGAAUGCGAGGUCUGACCCGCCCACUCCACCUGAAGUGUGCAAACGUGCAGGAAAAUGGCUUUUCUAAGAGAUGAAGUGGUUUUUAUCUCUCGUGUGAGAUUGCACGCCGAAGGAGAUACAUGGGAGCAUAGAACGAUAUAAUUGUGCGCGCGGAGGAGACGACUGGAACGAAAGAGAUACGGUGUAUUUGGAGGGAGCUAAUUAUCGCCCUGACUGACACAGGAACAGUGGCAGGGUGAGCCAAGUCAGCUGUGUGCAAUUUCACAUAACCACUGGACCUCUGUUACAGUAGAAGUCAGCUCUGUAGAGAGACUGGUCGUAUUCUUAGUCACCCUCUAUCACAGAAAAGAUGAACCAAGAAGCCACUUUUACUUGCUUGUUUUUAGUACGUAGCAUUUAGGAUUUAUUGUGUGUGUGUGUGUGUGUGUAUCUUUGAGUGUGGUAUAUGAGUGUGUGAUUGAGGAUGAACCGGUUUACUGACGUCUGGGUGAAAGAGAUAAAGUGUAACGGAUCCGAUUUGUCUAGUUGGCAAAACAGACGUAGCACUUACACAACCGAUGGGUUAACAAUCACAGCGAGGAUCCUGUCCGGAGGUCUUUUGCAUGCAUUCAUUGACCUUCCCUCAAAGAUGCUCCUCUCAUCUGUAAAAUGAUAAAGUUCCUAAUCAGAGAAUUAUGCAUCUUUCGGUUUCACUGUAUUUAAAAGUCAUCUGAAGUCUCAUCUCAGGACCGAUUCUUUCCAAGUUGUACGAAAAUGUGUCGGGGCCGGCGAAGGCCUCGACGUGUCGGAAGGAGUUGACGAUGUUGAUUUUCGUAAACAAACUUUUGUAUUGAAUAUUCCUAUUAAUAUUAUGAUCAUGCGUUGUUUGUGUAAAGACAUAACAUGGACACUAGGCAUUGUGUGUGGUGAUUGUGUAAUUAAAAGAAUUGCCGAUGGGGGGGAAGAAAGAGAAUGUGUAUGCGUGAUGAGAUGCACGACACGUUACUAUCCAUGUUUUGUGUUGCUGAUGUUACACACUUCAUCGGAUUUGCUGC